AUGCCAUGCUUCAAGGGUCUGGCCGUGAGUAUACACACUCCGGACGGCCCCAUUCCCGAGUACUCCAUUCAACGCCAGUCUCGGGCAUCACGUAUCGCUUGCUACAUCCCCGUACCGCCGCCCAAGUUACCGGACUCCGCCAACGGGAAACCUGAACAGUCGACCUUUGCCAUUUCCAUCACGCUGCUGAAUCCCGGCCAGGAUGUCCCGUACUCGACGCCGAAACCGACACCGGACAACCCCUCACCGAAGCCUAAGGUGACAAGCGAACGCGGGCAGUACACCAGUGCCGUUUCGCCCUACCAACCCUUGACCAACUCGCCGAAUGAAACGGUCGCGGCUUAUAUUUACUUUGAUGGCCGGCAGAAGGAAGAGGUCGCUACAUUGCUGCGGAGAGGGGAGGAGACUUGGGUCAACUCGCGGUGGGUUAGCGUGCCCGAGUCCGAAGGAGGUGGGCUUGCCGAGCGGGAGUUUUUGUUUCGUGAGGUCGGAUUGGAGAGAUGGUUGAACGGGCUGGAUCUGGAAGGCAAGGACGUUGCUGCCCGGAUUGAGCGAAGACGGCAGAAGAUGGAGAGACGCCGGCUGAAGCGUGAAUCCACCGAGGGAAUCGGUGAGAUGGAGACGGACUCCAAAUCAGCAAAGGGGGCCAAGGGGAUCAUGCGGUAUGGCAAUGAUGAGAAGUCGCCUCUGGAGAACGUCUCCGACGAUGAUAUGUCGUAUUCCGAUUCCGAUGAUGAUCCGAUUCCCGAGUCUGCUGGACAGAUCAAAGUCGCGUUGUUCCGGGUACUGGCUUCAGGGGAGAUCAAACGAGGAGAGUACUCGCCGCAAUUUGAUGCUCAUGACGAUGAUGAGGAUAACCAGAGCGGGCAAGGCAACGAUGCGGACAUUGACCACACGACGAGCUUUGCAAAGCCCAAGACGCUGGAUCCUAAGACAAUCAGCACGCAAACGGUUACAGGCAUCGAUCCUUCUGACAAGCCGUAUGCGAUUUUUACUUUUAUGUACCGAGGAGAGAGACAACUACAGAAGAUGGGAAUUCUGAAAGAUCCGAAGUCUCAAGAGACUCCUGUUUCCGCGAAGCGACGAUCGUUGCAAACCGACUUCUCCAUUGGAUUCCUCAAUUUCCGGGACAAAUCUGAGAACAAGGACAAGAAGAAGAAGAACAAGAGCGUGGAAGACGACGACAUGGAAAGCGAGGAUGAUGACGACGAUUCCAUUCUCGGCAAAGCAGACGAUGAGGAAGCCAAAGAAGACAACCAUGAUUUAACCGCGGAAGAUAUAAAGCGUCAAGGAGAACUUGCGGAGGGUGUCCGUAAAAUCAAACUUAAACGUCAACACUCUUCUGCAAGCUUGGCCGGUGCUAACGCCAGCCACUUCGAGCAUAUCGACGACCCCCCUAAUGCACCGGCAAGCAGCACUGCAGGCCCGGAAGCCGUAAAGGCUGCUGUGAAUACACUCGAUGGAGCAUUUGUGGGUAGUCCCCUGAAGAAGCAACGAGCCAGCGUAUCAGAAGCGGAUGAAAGUUCGCUGCGUCGCCGGAUGGAGUCUGGACUUUCCCAGGAGAUCAGCGGAGCUCUGGGAAGCGCUGGAGAGCAAACGCAGACUGGUACGACUGCGAAUACGUUUGGGGGAAGCCUGAAGCCACAAGGGCCGGCGCUUCAGCAACCAGCACUCCAGCAACCAGCACUCCAGCAACCAGCACUCCAGCAACCAGCACUCCAGCAACCAGCACCCCAGCAACCAGCACUGCAGCAAGCAGAUGAGGAUGAAGAGUUGUAG